AACGAGCAUGCCACAUUUUCUCCGAUGUACCUAAUGGACAAAAAUAAUUAAAAUGUUAGAAAUCUCGGUGAUUGGAAUGCUUCAACAUAUUCUGAUUUGUACAACUCGAGACCGUUCGACUACCUGUAGGAUUGCAUCAAGCGCGUGAGGGAGGCGGUGAUGCCCAGGAGGUAAUGCGCAUUAGUAUAAUGUGACACCAUUCGGGUUUUUUUGCACUCGAACGGAGGUUUCUGUGCACAUCGUGCACAUCUGUACCCGGUGAAUAUAAGCUAAUGGAACCACCGUAAUCUCAAGGAGAGCAGACGGCACGUUGUUUUCGAACAGGCGUUGGGAUGCUCUGCGUUUAUCCUUCAAACCCAGUUGAAGAUGUACAGAACACGGGGACAUUUCCAGCAAUAUACGCAUACCUGUACCAUCCAAGCUCCGUCUGAAUGGCAAUACAUGAAUGUUUGAAUUCGUGAAAUCAUAUGGCAAUAGUUUUUGCACCUGAUGCAAAGCAAUCCGCAAUCGAUCGAAUAAAUGAUCAUUCCUGCAUGAGUGUGCAGAGUGACUAAUCGCACCUGGACUACAAUAAGACAGGAUGGAGACGAAUCAGACACGCGUUUUGAUCGUUGGCUUUGAGCUACCAGUAAGCGCUCUGUAGUAAAGUUGCAGUGGCCGAACUACAGGUGCUUUAUGAAGAUCAGGACACAAUCGUUAGUUUGCCCUCGCAGAAAUGCCAGUGCGUGCUGUGACUUCCAGGUUCAUGUACAGGGGACUUUGCUCAAUUCCAGAUAUCCUCUCCUACAGGACUCCCGUCAGCCUCCCCGAGGAUGAAGUGGAGGAGAUCCGUGAAGCCUUUAAGGUGUUUGACCGUGAUGGGAAUGGAUUCAUCUCAAAACAGGAGCUAGGAGUGGCCAUGCGGUCUCUUGGUUACAUGCCAAAUGAAGUGGAGCUGGAGGUGAUCAUUCAGAGACUGGACAUGGAUGGAGAUGGUCAGGUUGACUUUGAAGAGUUCGUAGCACUUCUCGGACCAAAAUUGUCUUCAGCUGGUAUGCCUGACAGAUUCCAUGGAGCCGAGUUUGACUCCAUAUUCUGGAAGUGUGACAUGCAAAAGCUGACUGUGGAUGAGCUGAAGAGACUGCUGUAUGACACCUUCUGUGACCAUUUGACUAUGAAAGACAUCGAGAACAUCAUCAUGACUGAGGAGAGUCACUUAAACAGCCCAGAGUGCCAAGUCGAUAUUGACACAAGUCCCAUGCAACAAGUCAAGCACACCUGUGUGCGUAAGAGCUUGAUUUGUGCCUUCGCCAUUGCAUUCAUCAUCAGCGUCAUGCUCAUCGCAGCCAAUCAGAUGCUUCGAAGGGGAAUGAAAUGAACAGUUCUCUUUCUAAGACAAUGAAUGACUGACAAAAGGAAACAAGGUAAAAAUGCAAAAAAGUCCACUAAUUUUACUAGCUUCUAACGGUCACAGUUUUACAGAAACACCAAAGGCUGCACUUUCAUUCUACUAUAAACUCAAGGUAAAGACAGACUGUUGUUAGACAGACAAAAGGACAAUUAAGUCCAAAACAACAUAGUUAUUCUUUUCAUUAUACUAUAUUAAUGAUCAUUGUCCUAUAAAAUAUGACAUUUUUCUUUGGCUAUGUUACAAAGUAGACAUCUAUUAUAAUGUAGCACAUCAUACUUAUUGUAUUGUACAGUUAUAAUCCACAUUCUAUCAAUAUCAUGUCAGGGUCAUUAUAU